CGCUCGCGACCGCCGCUGUCUCAGUUGUCUGCUGCUUCCACACUGUCUUCACUUCUGCCUCCUCUCGUUGCCUUGUCUUGCCCGACCUCACACACACACGCAUACGCACACCAUGAGUGGAAAGGCGCUGGUUGAGGGCAUGAUUUCGCCCAACAAGGCUGUUGCCAGGACACGUGUGAUUGGUCUCUACAGGGCCUGGUUCAGAUCGAUUCCCGAGAUUAUCCAAAUCUUCCGUUUGGAAAAGACGCCACAGGAGUGCAGGGACAAGCUGAAGGAGAAGUUCAUGGUGAACAAGGACGUGGACGACGUGCGCGUGAUUGACAUGCUCACCAUUAAGGGUCAAAUGGAAUUGGAUGAGACCAUGAAGGUGUGGAAACAAAAAACGCACGUGAUGCGCUUCUGGGAAGACCCCGCGGGUCCCAAGCCCCAGCCCACCUUCCUCGAGAAGUUCCUCAAGGGCCGCUGAGGCGCGAGAAAACAACAGCAACAAUAACAACAGCAGCAGCAGCAGGAAGAGGAGGCGGAGGAACAGGAGCGGUGAUGGCGCUUUCCCAUAUGGAUGUGCCAUCACAUCGCUUGGUGCUGUCUGCGUGUGGAUGUGAGUGUGUGUUUGAUAAGGAAGCGAGUGCGUUUUGAGCGGAGGUGUGGUGCCAGUGUGGGCGUGGUGCGUGUUCUAGGACGCAAGAAGAAUUCAAGUGCAAGAGGUGCUGUGGUUAUGGUGGGUUCCUUGACUGCGUGUGUGUGUGUCGUGUGCGUGUGUCGUGUGCGUGCGUGCGUGCGUGCGUGCGUGC